CACUACAAUAGCACAUUGAGUCUAGAGAUCUCCGGGAGAAUAAUAUACUGAUGCAAUUUUUUGUGUUCAUGAGAUAUCCGACGUAGUAUUUAAGUUUUUAUUGUUAAAAUUUUUAAAGAUAUACUUAAUUAAUUUACAUCUCAUUUCACUUUUCUCAUAAGCGGAUGUAUUUAACUGUGUUACUAUAUUUUUUUCUGAUAAUUUACACAAAUAUCGAAAUUUAUGAACAACAAGAUCAAAUUUAAUGUUUAUGUCUUAGAAAUCAAUACACUUUAUUACGUCAUUAUUACAUCUUUUGUUUUUGGUGAAAAAAUUCUACGCGAACUUUUCAAUCAAAUGUCAGUAUGUAAUUACCAUGCGCCCACUACAGCUGGAUGAUUCUUUGCAUAUUAAAUAUAUACAAAAUAAAACGAAAUAACACUUAAGUUUCAAUAUGAUGAAAAAAGGAAAUAACAUAAUUAUGGAUUACAAUGAACAAGAGCAAAAUAAUAACUAUCAGUAUGGUAUUAAAUCUACAUUUGCACAAUGUUUUGCUAUAUUAGGAGCUUGUUUUUUGCAAAUUGGACUUGGAUGUCAAAUGAUGAUGCCCACUGUUAUAAUAGGUUCUCUUGAGACACCUGAUCUUACAAAUUGUAAAGAUUCUCUAGUUAUGUCAAGUACUGAAGCUUCGUGGUUUGGUAGUCUAUUAUACUUGUGCUCUCCGCUCGGAAGCUUUGUCUCGUCACUAUUACUCCGACGUCUGGGACAUAAGAGAUGCAUGAUAUUGUAUAACGUUCCAUACUUAUUGGCCAUCGUCCUGUACUAUUAUGCAAAAGAUGUUGAAACUUUAUACAUAUGCUCGGUACUAACUGGAUUAAGCAUAGGUUUAGCUGGUGGACCUAGUACUUCCUAUCUGAGUGAAGUAUGUGAACCCAAGUUAAGGGGUGCAUUAACUUCAGCUACAAAUGUAUUCUAUUUUUUUGGUUCGUUGAUAGUAACCGUGAUUUAUGCAAUAACCAUGCAAUGGAGACAAACCGUACUACUUACAACCGUAGUACCAGUUUUGACUAUAAUAGUUCUGCUAAUGACGCCGGAUUCGCCUAUCUGGUUAUUAGCUAAAGGGAAGCACAAUAAAGCCCAGAAAAAUUUAGGAAAAUUAAGAGGAUGGAUAUCCCACGAUAAAUGUGUGAGCGAAUUUAAUGAAAUGGUUAUUUAUACGAUCGAAGCUGUUGACGGAAAUGAAACAGAAAAUCUUGGCUCGGUCUGGCGACAACUGAUACAACCCGAUGUGAUCAAACCAUUUCGUCUUCUAGUAUUCUACUUCUUCUUUUCAAACUUACUUUCUGGAGUACCGUAUUCGCCAUACUUAAUAGAAGUAUUCACUAGAUUUGGUGCUCCUGUUAACGUGGAAUGGACAAUAUCAUUUUCAAUGCUUCUGGGAGUUUUUGCUGGAAUAUUGACGAUAUUCUUAGUAGGAAGACUUGGAAAACGGUUUCUCACACUAUCAACAAUAACCAUUUGCUCAAUAUGUUACAUAUCAAUUGGAUUUCUCGGUAUCUACCGCGAUUCCUCAAAUGAAUCAUUUUCUUGGUCAAUAUUAGUAUUGUAUCUGACAACAACUCUUGCAUCGUCCCUAGGAGUUAUGCCUAUUGCAUGGAUACUUUUAGGCGAAGUUUUUCCCAUCAAGACUAAAAACAUAACUUGUAGCGUGUGUUCAGUAUUGUCAUUUGUCUUUACUUUCUUUUUCACUAAAUUUUAUCAAGAUUUUGAACACUUAGUAGGAUUUUACAAUACGUUUAUCUUUUUUGGAGCGGGAGGAUUGAUUGGAUUGAUUUAUUUUUAUUUUUUCUUACCGGAAACUGAAAAUAAAACAUUAAAAGAAAUUGAAGAAUUUUUUAAAUAAUAAGUUGAACACUGUACCAUACAGGGUAACUGGAUAUCUAGUCAUUACUGAAGGACAUGUUUUGGAAAGUCGCAUUGUUUCAGAACUUUUGAAGUUUGAAAGUUCAAAAGUUGAUGCAUAUUCAUGCUGUACUUUGAAGGGCUUGUGAAGUCAGUAAAAACAUCUUUAUUUAACGCAAUUUUUUUUACAUCACUUAUAAUAUGUCACCAAUAAUUAUAAUAUUAUGUGAACAAAUACAACAAAUUUGUUGUUUUUCUCAUGUUUUAAGAGACAAUAAAACAAGCCUUUCAAUAAUUAUGUUCCUUUGAUGUAUAUGUUUUAACAUUCACACCAAAUUUUUUAUUUUUAAUGUAAAAUAAUAAUUUUUAUAUUUUUAUUAAAUUACUACAUUUGUUGAAUUUUUAAAUUAUUUAGUAUUUUUAUAAC